CCCAGGGGGCCGGACAUUUAAGGAACCCGUGACUCCUGGUGGCUCCACUGUUGGGGCAAAAGAAGAAGGAGACCGGCCUGCCGAUAGCCCGGGCAUAGCUGCACCCCAAAGCCGUGGACACAGCAUUAAAGGGUUAGGAGGAACUGGUCGCACAAAGGUGAGUGCCCACGCCUGCUGUCACCAUGACAACUAUUCACCACCAGCAGAUGCUGCAGGAGCACGUGUCCAUGGAGUUCUCCAGCUCCACCACCCACAUGCAGACCUUCUCCCAGACAACCAAGAUUGUGGGAGAGGAAGUCGUGACAAGGAAGUCCUCCAGCACCGUAGAGUUCUUCAGCUUGGUCACUCGAAGUUCUGACAUCCCUCCCGGCGAGAGCGUCCCAGAGUUCGUGGAGAAACCUCAUCCGGUCACCGCAUCUGAGGGGGAUAAAGCCGUGUUCCGAGCCCGGGUGCGGGGGAACCCGAAACCCAACAUCUCCUGGAAGAGAGAGAGCGGCAUCCCCAUCAAGGAGUCGGCCAAGAUGUUCUACGACAGCGUUAACAAGGAGCAUGUGCUGAAGCUGGAGCCACUGACCUCCGAUGACUCUGACAACUACAAGUGCAUCGCAAGCAAUGACCAUGCAGAUGCCAUCUACACCGUGUCCUUGCUGGUGACAGAAUGUCAAGAGAAAAUGGAUUUCAAAAAGAUGUUGAAGAAGAGGGCACCCCCUGCUCCCAAGAAGAAGCAGAAGGGGAUAGGUGAGAAAGAGAUGUUGGAGAUUCUGUCCAAGGUGCCCAAGAAGGACUUUGAGAAGGUCUGCAUGGAGUAUGGUUUCACUGACUUCCGGGGGCUGCUCAAGAAGCUCAAAGAGAUGAAGAAAGUGGAGGUGGAGACCAUCCGGAUUCUGAAGCCCCUGGAAGACAUAGAGACCAAGAUUGACACCACUGUGGUCUUUGACUGCAUCAUGGAGCUGAAGGACCCCAAUGUCAAGAUGAUAUGGAUGAAGGGUAAUGAACCACUGAGGAUCCAGUACUCCCUAGGCAAGUAUGAUGUGAAGCAGAUGGGCACCAAGUACAUGCUGGUUAUUACCAACGUGAACAUGAACGAUGCAGACACCUACAGCCUGUCCGUGGGUGACAAGCGGAUGAGAGCAGAACUCACAGUGCUGGAUGAGCCCCUAAAGUUCUUGGGAGAGAUGAAGCCAAUGAAAGUGACAGAGCGCCAGACAGCUGUAUUCGAGAUCCGCCUCUCCAAGAAAAUGCCUAACUUUGUGUGGAAGUUCAACGGGAAGGAGCUGAAGAGGGACGAAAAGUAUGAAAUCACAGUGUCCGAGGAUGGUCUGACCCACACACUUAAGAUUAAGGACGCCAGACUCUGUGAUGCGGGCGAGUUCUCUGCUGAGGUGGGGGACCUGGUACAGAAGGCCCAGCUCACAAUUGACCGCAUCCCCAUCAAGUUUGUGAGAGCCCUAAAGAACGUACGUGUGAAAGAGAGGAGCCGUGCAUGCCUUGAGUGUGAGCUGACGUCCAAGGAUGUGACACUGCACUGGAAGAAGGACGGGCAUCCUCUGGAGCGCAGCAGCAAGUACAGCAUGAGCCAUGAGGGCAAGCGAGCAGAGCUGGUCAUUGAGGAUGCACUGCUCGGUGACAGUGGCGAGUACACGGUGGUGGCCAUGCAGGAUGGAGACCCCACUGAAUACUACAGCACUGCCAUGGUCACCGUGGAGGAGCGUCUGGCCACAGUGAAGAGCGGGCUGUCUGACGUGCACGCGGCUACUGGGAGCCUGGCUGAGCUGUGCGUCGUGCUGAACGACGAGAAGGUGGAGGGCGUGUGGCUGAAGGAUGGCAAGGAGAUCACGGACUUGCCCGGCGUGCAGAUCGUGAAGCAGGGUGCAGUGCACAAGCUCAUCUUCCCCAAUAUGGGCCCGGGGCACGAGGGCAAGUACACAUUCUGGGCCAAGGGUGCAGAGAGCGAAGCCUCGGUAUUCAUUGCAGAUCCUCCUACCAUCGACCCGUCCGUGCUGGAGGCACUGGGGGCGCACCCCGUGACUGUGAAGGUGGGCCACACUGCGAACAUCAAGGUUCCCUUCCGGGCUAAACCGCUGCCCAAAGUGACAUGGUACAAGGACGGCGUGGAGGUGACGGAGGAGGACCGUGUGUCCAUGGAGCGCGGGGAGGACCAGGCGCUGCUCACCAUUUCCAACUGCGUGCGUGAGGACAGUGGCGUUAUUCUGCUCAAGCUCAAGAAUGACCACGGCACAGCUACAGCCAGUCUGCACCUCAGUGUGCUGGACCGUCCCAAGCCUCCCCAGGGCCGGGUGGAGUUCCUGGAACUCUCGGGGAACUGUGUGCACAUGAAGUGGAAGGCUCCCAAGGACAAUGGCGGGCGGCCAGUGACACAGUUCAUAGUGGAACGGAGGAUGGUCGGCAAGAAGGCCUGGAUUAAGAUAGGCGAGGUGGACAGCAAAUUCACGAAAUUCUCCACCAACAAGGUAGAAGAGGGGAAAGCCUACCAGUUUCGUAUCCUGGCGGUUAAUUCAGAAGGAGUGAGCGACCCGCUGGAAACAGAUGAAGUGUUUGCAGGAAAUCCCAUUGAGCCCCCUGGUCUUGCCUCCCAGCCUCAAGUGACUGACGUGACCAAAGAGGCCAUGACCAUCACAUGGAAUGCCCCUACCCAGGAUGGGGGAGCCCCAGUGCUUGGUUACAUUGUGGAGCGGAGGAAGAAAGGCAGUAACCUAUGGGUGCCAGUCAACAAGGACCCCAUCCAAGACACCAAAUGCACUGUGGAUGGUCUCCUGGAGGACACAGAAUAUGAAUUCCGAGUUAUAGCUGUGAAUAAGGCAGGCCCUGGACAGCCCAGUAUGGCAUCCAGUUCAGUGGUAGCCAAGGACCCUGUCAAACCCCCAGGCCUGGUGCAGGGUCUGCACGUGUCUGAUUCCUCCAACUCCAGCAUCUCCCUGGCCUGGCAGGAGCCUGCAGAGGGAGACCCACCCUCCAGUUACAUCCUUGAGAUGCGGGCUGAAGACACUAAGGAGUGGUCCAAGUGCACAAAGAUCCCCAUCUCGGGCACCUGCUACGUGGUGGGAGGCCUCACCGAGAGGCAGAAAUACUUCUUCCGAAUCCGAGCUGUGAACGAGGCUGGAGUUGGGGAGCCUGUGGAGCUGGAUGAGGGGGCCCGUGCCAUGCCACCACCAGGUGAGGAUGCAGAGAGAGCUGGGGUUUAG